AUGAAGGCGAAAGGGUUCAACGAAUCUAUCAUCCCUAUAUAUCUUAAAGCUGCUAAGGUGUAUCGAACAUCUGAAUUCGAGCAUUUAAUGAAUCAGUUGCGUAAUGUCGACGGAGGUAGACCUUAUGCUUAUUUAGUUGAAGCUGGUUUCCAUAGGUGGUCUAGAGCACUGUCUUCUGGUAAGAGAUAUAGUAUCAUGACGACGAACAUUGCAGAGUGCUUGAAUGCUAUACUACGAGAUGCUCGAAGUUUGCCGAUUACAAUGCUAGUUGAACAAUUGCGUGCCAAAUUGCAGGAAUGGUUCAGUGCUCGUCGUAAUAACGCAGCAUCUGUCACGUCUUACCUAUGUUGCGAGUGUGACAAGGAAGUUAGAAAGAGAAGCAAUAGGUCACAACGACUAAAUGUUCAACCGAUAAGCCAUAGUGAGUACUAUGUACGAGAUGGUGAUCAAGAUGGACAGGUUGAUCUGCAAAACAAGACAUGUUCAUGCCGUGUGUUUGAUCUUGACCAACUUCCUUGUGUACACGCAUUGGCUGCAUGUCGAGUUCGGAACAUAUCUUUUAAUUCCUUGUGUUCUCUGUACUAUACGAAUGAGGCCCUAAUGUUAGCUUAUGCUGAAGCUAUAUACCCAGUAACUAUUGAGGAUCAACGCAAAGUUAGCGAGGACAACGUAUUGCUCCCACCGGUGACUAGACGUCAAGGGGGGAGGCCAAGACAACGAAGGAUCCCAUCAUCUGGUGAAACUAUAGCAGUGAGGAUAUGUUCCCGGUGUCGACAGCGAGGUCAUAAUCGUCAAACAUGCAAAGAGCCAAUCGCAUUGACUCCAACAUCAUAG